GAAGGAUUUGUCUGAUAUAAUGACUGGCAGCUUCAAGGUGCAACUCAUCAACAUGGGCACUCGCGCUGCCGCCUUUCAGGCAAAACUAAGAGCCCUUCAUGAAUACCAUGUACGCUUAUUGCACAAUGUCUUACCUGCGCCCUCUGGCGUCGAUAUUGCUAACAAUAUCAAAUACUUUUCUCAAACUCUAUUAACUGUUCUUAAAGAUGUGCGUACCUCUCCACACGAUCUUAUACGCGAUCCUCUCGAAGAUCCUACACGCAUGUCUGCCUAUCCAAAUCUCGAAUAUGGAAAUCUUUAUAAUGCUCUUACUAUGCUCAUUGAUGUGGCACCUUGCAUACAAUAUGGGCAAAUCGUCUUUGGCAAAGCUCUACUUCAAUGUCUAAGCUGCAUAUUACCAUUUCUCGAUAAGGAUCUUAUUGACAAUCUACCCUAUCUAGUUAGCUCUACCAUUUCUGUUCUGCCGCCAGCCCUGCAUCAAGAUAUUGUCAAUGCUCUGUGCUAUUAUGUCUUGCCAUUUACUAUAACACGUCGCAGUUCCGAUGAGCAGGAAUGCCAAGCCUGCCAAUCGGUCUCCUCAGUCAUCAUGAUGGUCCUGCAGUACUCUAAAAAUCCAGCACAUCACUGUCAGCUAUUGGAAUGCCUGAUGACGCUGAAGCAUAACGUGGUCAAGGAUAUACUCUGUGUCGUGGCCUAUGGGACAGCUGUUUCCCGUUCUUCGGCUGCCAAGCUGCUCUUUUACUAUUGGCCAGCCUUUGAUCCUAAUCUUUUCGAUCGCAAGGUUCUUCUUUCUAAGCUUACCAACGACUUGGUCCCCUUCACCUGUCAGCGUGAACAUUGCCCCAAUGCUGGAAAUGCUGAGGCAGCCAAGGUAUGCUAUGAUCAUAGCAUCAGCAUCACCUAUGCACCGGACUGUCCUCCGCCUUUGUAUCUAUGCAUUGAGUGCGCCAAUGAAAUACAUCGGGAACAUGCAAAUCUCGAAUUUGGCGAUAUACUUCAUCCCAUGCAGCAGGUGUCAAUGGUGUGUGAGAACAAAAAUUGUCGCUCCAAUGAGAAGUCCGCUUUCUCCAUAUGUUUCUCCACGGAAUGUGCCAGCUAUAAUGGCAACCAUCCUAUUCGAUACUGCUCUCAAUGUCAUAGCAAUCGUCAUAACUCUCGCCGUGGUGGUGAUCAUGUUGUACAUCGUAGCCUACAGCCGGCCUGGCAAAUGGAUCCAGAGAUGCAAAUGCAUAUGGUCGAGUCAGUGGUCAGUUUGUUGCGUGAGGCCAAACCAUUGAACUUUGAGCCAGGCAAGGAGUCAUCAUCGGAGGCCAAAAAAAAUGGAUAUGUCUUAACCCCUGAUAAUAUUUCACUCGAGGAACGACAAAUGCUGGGGCGAUAUGGCAUCUGGUUGCUUGUGGGUCGCUGCACUCCCACUGCAGAUACUCCAGUCGAGGUUCUGGGCAGGAUUCUUAGCAUGCUCUUUCACUGGUUUCAUGUCACAGCUUAUUCUUACGAUGCUGCUGGUCAAAUUGAGAGCGCCAUUGAGAAGUUAAAAGUGGAUCAUGUUUGCAACUGGUUAAAGGAGAUUUGUCGUAUCCAUUAUAACGUGUUCAUCUCCUGUCUGCUUCCGCAUCCACCGGAAUACGGACGUGUAGGUGGCCACUGGGAGACGCUUGCAUCACGCACCAGUCACCUUAAGGAGGGGCUUCAGCGUCUGAUUUGCUUGGUGCCCUACGAGGUGAUCACCUCGGAGAUCUGGGACUAUGUUAUGCCACACUGGAUGGAAGCCAUUACCAAUGAUGUGGCCGAAAAGGAACUAAACGAGCUUAAGAUUGUUCUUAGCAAAAUAUUAGAUCCAGAAAUGUCUCCACUCGGAUUCGAUGCAAAGACCAUGUACAAUUUUGUGGCCAUAAGAUUUGAGAAGACAACGGCCAAGGUGCAACAACAGGCGCUGCACUGGCUCCAGAUACUCACCAAACUUGAGAUACUUAUACCACUGGUCCAGCUCUUUGCCAUGUUUGGGGAUGGAGUUCGCAUCAUGAAGUAUGGCAUACAGCACGAAUUGAUGCGAGAAAAAGAGAAGGAUCCGCAGGCAAAGGAUCCGCUGCAGGCCAAGGCACCAAAGACACCAUGCAAAGAGAGCAAGGCUGACAUGGCCAAUCCACCUAGACGCAGCUCCAUUUCCCCUGUCGUGGAGGACGAUUCAGGCAAUACCUCGGCCAUAUCGGAUGAUGAGGCACCUACAAAUCGACACACGGAAUUCUCAACCGAUGCUGAGCACAAUCUCACCUGUUGCAUUCUCAUGCUGGACAUUCUGCUCAAGCAAAUGGAACUGCAGGAUGUGGAGCAGCACAUGGGCAUCCACACGAGCGUCUGCGAAAAUGUGUCACGUCUCAUCAAAUGCAUGGUGACUGCCGCCCGAGUGGGUCUAAGUAGUCAUGUCUGUGCUCUCAAGGUAGCGGAGUGUGCUUAUUGUGAAGCAUCCACCAUGUGGCAUCAGUUGUCCACCAAACUAGUUGAGUUCAUGGCACCAUUGAAUCCCGUUAGACCUCCCGAUGUGCCCAUUGAGGACAUCAUCGAAGAGGAGAAAUCGUCACGGAAAUCUCCGCCUGAAUCGGAUAAGGAGAAGUCCCGGGAUCGCGAUGUCUCCCUCUCAAUGGCACCACUACCAAUACCACUUGGUCCACUCGGCGGUUUUGCAGAUAUCUUUAAGCUAGAUCAAUUCUUUUCAGACGAUGGAAAAAUUAUUAUAAUGGCAGGUCCUGUACCAGUGGCCGUACCUCAACCUGAGCCCCACUCUGUGGGCGGUGUACUCGUCCAUAUGCCCCACGUUUGCUCCAAUAACGAAAAUGGGCAUUCAGUUGAUAAUAAUGAAUUGAGAAAAGUUCACGCCACAGACGAGAUCAUGACGGCGACGGUAGAAACCGUUUCAGAGCAACUCGAUCUGGCCUCCAUAUUGCCCACAGAUCGGGCCAUAGCACGCUCUAUAACUUUAUCCGAUGCGGAUGUAGGCAGUGCUAAUGUCAGUGUGACCAAGGCAUCUGUUAUGGGUGAAAAUGGUGCCAAUGGCAGCACAGCUGGCGGCGGUGAGAAUGGCAGUGGAUCCGACGAUGAUGAGGAGGAAGAAGAUAGCGAUGAUUUCUGGCACACUUCGGUGGGCAAGUUUAAAUUUACACUCGAUCAGUUACCCCAACCACUGCAAUAUAUACACCAGCUGCUAACGGAGAUACCCACAAUCAAGAAGCCGGAGAUACUUUACUAUGUCCUGCAAUGCCUCAAGACGAUGGCUCUACAUGGCGAUGCUUUGGCGAAGGCAGCUCGGGAGCAACGUGGUUUCUUCAUUUGGUGCCAGGAGAAUUUGUUGAUCAAAAACCUUUGGGAGCUGUGCAAUGCGGAGCACUCGCACAUCUGUCAGGUGUGUGUGCCGUUGUUGCUGCACUGCAUCACGUUGCCGCUGGGAUCGGACGUUUUUUGGCGUGUGGUGCAGGAAGCCUUCCACGAUGUCGAUUGGCGGGUUCGCUUCACAGCAGUGGAACGAGUAACCGUAAUUACACGUUUUAUGGAUUCGACACCGCUGCGUUCCGAGGUGGGACUGCAAACGGCAUUGGCAACCGCCUUCUGUCAUCUAAUUGCCAGCAUGGAUGACAUCAAUGUGUAUGUGGCGCAGCGGGCAACUUUAUAUAUCGGAACCAUACAUGAUACGGCAAUACGGUCACUGCUCUUCUGCUUGGAGUCACAAUUCGAUCUAUUUAUUGUUGAUCGACCCGUGGUCCUGCAGUCUGUCUAUCAGCUCCACAAUUCUUUAUCCGAUCGCAAAAUGCUCGGUUGGGAAUUCUUUCUAAAUCGCUUCGAUACGCUCUUUGUGGAGGCGCAAAUUAAUCUAGAGAAGUGUGGAGAUAUUUCGUAUUUGCGAGAUUUGCGUAAUUCCGACAAUGGCAGCGAGGCACUUUCAGCCAAGAUACUAAAGGCUCGGGAGGCCUUAAGCCAGUCAGAUACAAGCGGCAGCAUGGCCAAAACUUUAAGUGCCUCCUUUGGCACCAAGUGGCCCUACAAGAGGACCAUGUCUGCUCCCGCCAGCAUGGCGCCACGUCAGGACUCCAAGUUUGUGCCGGAAAAGGAGAAAAUCUACAGCCGUCAAGUAUCGGCACCCAUACUUAAGAGGAAGACCUCGCGUUUUGGAUUGGAUGGACAUAUACAUUCGCUAGGCGGACUUAAUGAUGAUAAUUUGAUUGGGCUGCUUAGUCGCAUUACGGAACUGGAGGAAUCCGAUCGGGAGACAAUCCAUUUGCUGGUUUUUAUGCUGAUGCAGUUUAUGUCCCGUACAGAUCAGGCGUUCCCAUCUGAAGAUAAACCUAUAACAAGAACCCAGAAUAUUGUAUUGAAGCAUUUGUUCUUGCUUUUGGGUCACAAUCAAAUCGACAAGACCUUCCAUACCACGCCCGAUUCAUUAAGAGUAUCGGCUGUCUUUAAUGCAUUUUUGGCUAAUCUUCCUCAAGUCUUGGAUCAGAAUCAUUUGAUUGGAGGUCUCAUAUUACCCUCAGUUAUGCAAAUUAUUUUAUAUGCUCCCAAUCCGACAAACACUUCGGGGGAAUCCUAUCAAAAUAUUGUCUUUAAUUAUUCAUUGUGGCAUCUGGAACAAUAUCCCCGUCGGAAUUGGCUUUUUACGCUCCUGGUGGUGCUCUAUAAGUACUCCUAUACCCAACCACCGCUGAGUGGUUAUGUCAUCUCGGCCAUUCGCAUGAUUAUGAACAGUCUGCGAGGACAUUUUCAUCAAUGUCGACGACUUCCCACCACAACCAUUCUGGAUAUUCAGGGUGUUGGCGGGGCAGCCAGAUCGCGUGACGUUAGCCAACCGUCCCUCGGUACAGAUCCCGACGAUAAAGAUGCCAGUCCCCCCGCCAGUCCCAUGUUUCCAUCCGAAGGCACCAGCGCCGCAUCAAAGAGCAAGGGUCAAAAUGUCGCCUUUACUCCAAAGUUACAGCACGCUUUCCGCAAAUACAACGAUUCCAGCUUGGAUGCGGAUGAAACCGAAUCCGAGCUGGUGGCCAUACCAGAAAGCGACCUCUCAGACAGUACACUUCAUGGCAGCAGUGCUCCGGGCUCUUUUGAUGACACCAUAAAUUUUGAGGAUAUUCUACCCACCAAAAUGGACUCAUUGCGCACUCGUCGUACAGUGGAAUACACGGAGGAGAAAUCUAGUAAGUCACUCAAAUCGAUGAUCACGACCAAAACUGGUGACACAUACACCACCAAGAUCAAGGGCAGCACAAGUGAAUCGGUUAGCACCACCGUGGUAACCACACACACACGCCACAGUCUGCAGGAAGGAGUGAGAAUGAUUGUCACACCGCUCGUUGGGCCGGAGACAACGGAGACGGCAAUUGUGAGUCCUCCGGUUGAUGUGCAUCGAGCGGUCACCGUUCGCAAUAAGUCCCUGGACAUUGCAGCUGCAUCGACAUCGAAAAUGUUUGCAGCGAUUGCCACGAAUCAUCUAAAGGCACUCGGAGCACUGCAGGAUGUGCCCACUCCAAGCACGAGUAAGCCCGGCUCCAACAGUGGCAGCGGUAGUCGUUCAACAAAUAGUGGCAAUGCCGCUACAGCAAUUGGAGCAACUGGAGCAACUAAGCCAAUUGGACACCACAAGACUAUUGUGGAAUGCAGCGCGGGAACAUCCAGUUCGUCAGCUGAUGAAGCGCGUCGCGAGAAAAAGUCACAAGCCAAAUCGCUGAGGAGGACGGAUAAAACUUAUGGCUCGCCAGAUUCACCGCUGUCCAAGAUGAGCGUUAUGCCCAAUCCACGUGAUGAAGUGGACGCGGGAUUGUUGCCACCGCCAAAGAGCAUUGCCGCACUGGAGAUUCCGACACCGGAGCGACUACUUCCCAUUGGCACCCAGGACACAGUCGCCACGUUAGUGGAGCGUGUGCGAGAUGGACUCAAUCUGCCGGACAUCAGUCAUCUCAAGCAGGAUAGCUUGGAUGUGUCGGAGAGCACCAAGGAUGAUGUCACGGCCAGCAGUCGCAACAAUUCGCCACGUCGCCUCAUCAAGCAGGUUGCCCUCGAAUCCCCACCCAAUCCAAAUGCUCCAACUGUAGCUCAAACAACCACAACACAGUCUCAAGCGCAAUCCCAAUCCCAGCCGCAGACUCAACAGGAUCUACACACUUCUAUACUCAAGAAUGUCAGCCAGGACUUAAAGCAGCCGCCUGUGGAGCGUCAACAGCCGUUGGCUGGUCCAUCAGCCAUAUCCAACAACAGCAUUAAGCGUCCACGACAGAAACUGGCGCCUUUUAAUGUGGACACAAAUGCCAUACCAGAUAUACGUUCCCGUUAUGCCGGUUCCUGGCCACCGCCUCCUUUCGUGCCGGCUGAGGAGCACGAUGAGGAAGGCGAUGAGGCAACCGAGAUGCCCAAUGGACACACCACACACACAUCGGCAAACACACAGCGUGGCAGCUCCCGACGGGUUGGUGACUACACCAUCGUGGAGCGCUGCUCGGAUUGCGGUGCCGUCAUCGAGGAGUACACGGAUGAGGAGAUUGGCAUAUUGAUUGUCAUACUGGGCACCUUUAUACACCGUGAACCGGCCAUGGCAGCACCCUUCCUGCCUGAGAUACUGACCAUAACAUCCCGCAUCUGCUUGAGCGGCACACACGCCUGGCAGGGGGAGAAUGGUCUUCCUUUGGCCAGCAGCGCCCAGGCUGUAGCCCUGCAGUUCAUAAGGUGUGUGCUCCAUCAGCUGGCACCCAAUGGCAUCUUUUUGCAAGUCUUUCAAACCCAAAUGAAAAUUAAGAUACGCCACAAUCAUUUUCGCAGCAUUGCAAAGGCGUUGCAGGAUUUCCAAGACUUAAAUGCCACAAGUCCCAUUUACAUGGUCUGCGAAUCGUUGACCUCAAAGAAGGCGCUACCCUUUGACCAGUUGCCCGUGAUCUUUCGCAACAUGGCCGAGUAUCUACAGUGUGUUCCAGCCGAGGCGGGAGUCGGUCUAGCCGUUUGGUCACAAGCCAUGCAGGCUAUGGAAUCCUUGCUGCGUCAGGUCAUCGUCAUCAUGCCCAGCAUGAGCAAUACCGAGUAUAUGUUGGAUUUAAUAGUUGCCACCUUACGUUUGAAUUGUGUGCCGAAAACCUUACUCGAUCCCUACUCCAAGAUCAUGGCAUAUUGCGUGCAGCACACUAAUUUGGAGUACCAGACCAUCUACGAUCUGUGCACGCUCAACACCCGCUCUUUUAGCAAGGAUCGAGACAAGAAUUUACUGUGCCGUCAAAUGAUCUUUGAAUUUGUGCAAGCGCUCAAGUUCAAGUCCAAUAUACCCGAUCACAAUCUGCUGAUGAUCAUUGGAUUUGUGUUGCUCGAUGCAGGCGGAACUUUGCCACCUGGUGCUCUCCCCGGUCUGCCGGAUGCGGCUCCCGUUCUGACCACAAAUGCGGCAGACUGUUUGAGGCAAUACAUUAAUGAUGUCAUUGAUUUUCUUGCCGAUUUUCACACCCUAAGCAAGAUCAAGAACGGACAGUCGAGCAAUGGCCUAAGUGAGGACACUUUGGGUGGAGUGCUCAAAGGAGCUGUGGCUCAGUAUCUGGCACUGGAGAUGUCACGUGGCAACUCGAGGGAUAACAAGGCCGUCUCCAGAUAUCUACCCUGGCUCAACAAUGCGCCCUCGUCACUGCAGCAGGGUCCCAAGGAGUUCACCGAGUGUGUAGGUCACAUGAGAUUACUCUCCUGGCUGCUGCUCGGCUCUCUUACCCACAUGGCGUUGAUGCAACGUCGCCAGGAGACACAAACACUGCCACCUCCUACAAAUGUGGCACCUGGACAGGGUCAACCGACGGUGGCAAGUGUGCAUUAUCAGCAUCAGGGAGUGACGUACUCACAGCCUGUGCCGCAGGAGGCAUCGUGUCACAUUGCCGAUCACAUUCAGGUCAUCUUUGCGGGAUUUGCCGAGCAAUCGAAGACUUCCGUGUUGCACAUGUCCUCGUUGUUCCACGCCUUUACGCUUUGCCAACUGUGGACAGUUUACUUGGAGCAGAUGGCCCACAAUACAAAUAGCAAUGCUGAGGGCAGCACUCUCGGUGUGCUCUUUGAAUUCUGGACCAAAGUGACGCCCUGCAUUCUCCAGCUGGUGUCACAUGCCAAGCCGGUCAACAAGGAUCCACAUGCCCAAUCGAGCGUCGACUUUCAAAGCCAGAGUGCCAAUUCAAAGCUAUCCGAGAUGGUCAAUUUGCACUUCCUCAGUCUGCUGGAAGCUCUUAAGGAGACCAACUCCACUGUGCUAGGCAAAUUGCUGCCCAUGUGGAGCACUGUCCUCUCGUCGCAAACACAGCUCUCGGACACGCUGCAUGUGCGCCUCCAGAAUGUGAGGGAUUAUGCGCCAGAUUACGAGGAGUUACAGACAAAUAAAUCGGAGACACUUCUCAAAUGGUUGCAGCGUCUGCAAUUUAAAAUGGGUCAAAUCGAAUUGCAAGCAUCAACGGCCACUCAGUUCUACUCUAUUUAAUAUGUUAAUCCUUAGAAGCUAUUCAACUUAAAGAAUUGAAUUAGAUGUUGUAACCUGCGUUUUACAAAUAUACAAAGUUCAGUGUUAAUAA